GGUAUCGGCGCAAUGCAUUGUGGGACACAGAGUAAGAUGGAAGCGGCCACCAGGAGCAUGUUGAAUCCUCAAUAACAUAUGUUUCUAGGUGUCAUAUCUCUGCAUAUGCCUAUAAUUUAUGCUUCGUUGUAAUAAUAACAAAACAUUAAAUUGGCACAAGAUCGCUGCUGGACGUGGAAACUGGUAAUGUUCAUAAUACUGCAUUUGAUGUAGCUAAUGCGCUAGCUAAAGCUAAAGCUAAGGGUCAAUGAAAAGAUAUUUGAACGAAGCUAACGUGUUUGACAGAAAGAAUACCCGACCAGCCAACACGUUAAAAACAUAGUUAAUAAGCGUCGAAAAAACACUUUUACCUGACUAAACCGAAUUCGUGUGAAGUUGAUAGUCAUUGUGUUGCUGUAGAAAACUUCGGACAUGUCUGUACUGGGAGGGUUACUGAAAGCUGGAGCGUCCUUCUGUCAGUCUGCUGGGACUCUGCUCCACACAGCCAGGACCAUUUCUACUGGUACAUGCUGCCACAUCCGGAUGCAUGCCAUCCCUCAGCUGAAGAAGGUGGACAGGUGGACUGAGAAGAGGAGCAUGUAUGGAGUUUAUGAUAACAUAGGCAUCUUAGGGGACUUUAAAGCUCAUCCCAAAGACCUCAUUGUCGCUCCCUGCUGGCUGAAGGCUUUCAAAGGCAAUGAACUGCAGCGUCUAAUUAGAAAGAAGAAGAUGGUGGGAGACAGAAUGAUGACUCUGGACAGGCACAACUUGGAGAAGAGGCUCCGCUUCCUCUACAGACGCUUCAACCGCACCGGCAAACACCGCUAACAUUGAACUAACCAUUCUGGCAAAUAUAUCUAACCAGCCAAUAAGGACUGUUGGAGUCUAGCUGUGUGAUUUCAUGCUGUCAAAGUGCUGUAUGUUGCCAUUUUUUUCUAAGUUAUCAUAUUUGAAUGAAGAGAAGUGUGUGUUUCAGAGUAGCAUACUUCCUGUACUUCUGUUUAUUGAUUGUUUUUGGUCCCAUUAACAUCCUAUUUUCCUGACAAACAUAAAAUACAUUAUAUAAAAGGCUGAAAAUACAUUAUAAAAACCAGUCUUGAAAAGAA